UAAUUGCAUAUUCGUAAUUUUCAGGGUUUUCUACUCAACUAGUGGUGACCAGUGCAUGACCUUUGUUUGAAAACGAAAACCUCUCCCAUCCUGUUUUAUCUCACUUCACUCUCUCUCUCUAGAAUCUACGUUGCGUUUUGGUGCUCUGCUUCGCGUUCGCGUUCUACUUCGUCGUUUCAGCUCGUUCGGGGAUUCUAGGGUUUCGUGGAAGAAGAUGACGACCAUGGAGAGUUUGAUUGGGCUGGUGAACCGAAUUCAGAGGGCUUGCACGGUGCUCGGUGACUAUGGGGGUGGUGACAACAACACCUUCUCUUCUCUCUGGGAAGCUCUUCCUUCCGUUGCUGUUGUUGGUGGCCAGAGUUCAGGGAAGUCUUCCGUUUUGGAGAGCAUUGUUGGUCGUGACUUUUUGCCUAGAGGAUCAGGGAUUGUGACAAGGCGUCCGUUGGUGUUGCAGCUACAUAAAUUGGAAACAGGGUCACAAGAGUAUGCCGAGUUUCUUCACCUGCCGAGGAGGAAGUUUACUGACUUUUCUUUGGUCCGCCAAGAAAUUCAGGAUGAAACUGAUAGACUAACAGGGAAGACGAAACAAAUAUCUCCCAUUCCAAUUCAUCUUAGCAUCUAUUCACCAAAUGUUGUCAACCUAACAUUGAUUGAUUUACCGGGUUUGACUAAAGUGGCCGUUGAGGGACAACCUGAGAGUAUUGUUCAAGAAAUUGAAGCUAUGGUUCGAUCAUAUGUUGAAAAGCCUAAUUGCAUCAUAUUAGCAAUAUCACCAGCCAAUCAAGAUAUUGCAACUUCUGAUGCUAUUAAACUUUCUCGGGAAGUUGAUCCCACAGGUGAAAGGACAUUUGGGGUGUUGACAAAGCUAGAUUUGAUGGACAAAGGAACUAAUGCGUUAGAUGUCCUUGAAGGAAGGUCUUAUCGUUUGCAACAUCCUUGGGUUGGGAUAGUAAAUCGAUCCCAAGCAGAUAUCAAUAGAAAUGUUGAUAUGAUUGUUGCUCGACGAAAGGAGCGUGAGUAUUUUGCUUCCAGUUCUGAUUAUGGGCACUUGGCCAAUAAAAUGGGUUCAGAAUACCUUGCAAAACUUCUCUCACAGCAUUUGGAGUCAGUAAUUAGGGCAAGGAUACCUAGUAUAACAUCUUUAAUAAACAAAAGCAUUGAGGAACUUGAAUCAGAGAUGGAUCAUCUUGGGAGGCCUAUUGCUCUUGAUGCUGGAGCUCAAUUAUACACCAUCCUAGAACUUUGCCGAGCAUUUGAAAGAAUAUUCAAGGAGCAUUUAGAUGGAGGGCGGCCUGGAGGAGAUAGGAUAUAUAAUGUCUUUGACAAUCAGCUUCCUGCUGCUUUACGGAAGCUCCCAUUUGAUCGGCAUCUUUCUCUCCAGAAUGUAAGGAAAGUAGUGUCAGAGGCUGAUGGUUACCAACCUCACUUGAUUGCCCCAGAGCAAGGUUACAGGCGCUUGAUUGAGGGGGCUCUUGGAUACUUUAGAGGCCCAGCUGAAGCUUCAGUUGAUGCUGUUAACUUUGUUCUAAAAGAACUUGUGAGGAAAUCAAUAGCUGAAACUCAGGAACUGAAACGCUUUCCAACAUUUCAAGCUGAACUAGCUGCAGCAGCAAAUGAGGCUUUAGAAAGGUUUCGUGAAGAGAGUAAGAAGACAAAUCUUCGGCUUGUAGACAUGGAGUCUUCUUAUCUCACUGUGGAUUUCUUUCGGAGACUUCCUCAAGAAGUGGAAAAAUCUGCAACUCCUGCCCCCUCAAACAUUGAUCGUUAUGCAGAGGGUCAUUUCAGGAGAAUUGCAUCAAAUGUGUCAUCAUAUAUAGGGUUGGUUGCAGACACACUUAGAAUCACAAUUCCAAAGGCUGUUGUUCAUUGCCAGGUCAAACAAGCAAAACAGUCUUUGCUUAACCAUUUCUAUACACAAAUAGGGAAGAAGGAGGGUAAACAGCUGUCGCAAAUGUUAGAUGAAGACCCAGCAUUGAUGGAGAGGAGACAACAAUGUGCGAAAAGGCUUGAACUAUAUAAAGCAGCACGGGAUGAAAUUGAUUCUGUUUCCUGGGUACGAUGAGCUUGGUGCUAACUGAGUGUCUUCCUAGUCUUGUACGAUAGCGAUCAGUUAUGGGUUGGCUGGACCCUGAUGUAAUCUACUCAUUUACUGCUCUUGUAGCGUUUGUCUGUAGGGUAAGAUGGAGUUGAUUUGGUUGUCUGAAUUGUAGUGUACAUCAACACAGAACGAUGAUCCUCACUUUGAUUAUAUAAUUUGUGUAUUCUUUGUAAUCUUA